GAAGCUUCACCGAUACAACAGAAACCUGAAGACGGAUCCAUACUCUUUUAAGGACGUUUUCACACAGGAUCAGAAUUACAGGGGAUCUACUGAUUGCUUGACGGAGUCACAUUCAGAGCAGUAAGAAUGACAGACAAUGGUGUAUUCACAGGAGUGGACCUGUGCAGCCAGGUGAACAACCAUGCUCACCGCACAGAGGAGAUCGAUGUGGACCGUCUGCUGGUGCGCAGGGGGCAGUCCUUCUCCAUCGCCCUGCAGUGUUCUGGUGCUCCCCCCCGGGCACCCGAGUACCAGCUCAGCCUCGUCCUCCGACUGGGCAAACAGGGCGAGGUGACGGUGAAGGUCUCUGAGUACCAGGCGCGGGGUGCGGGCCAGUGGUGGUUCAGCCAGCAGGCUGCCCAGAGUGAGCUGCUGGUGACGGUGCACAGCCCGGCGGACGCGCCCGUGGGCCUCUACAGCCUGGCCCUGCUCCUGCUCUCCCCCGACGAGCACAUCCUGGAGGAGACCGCGCCCGAGAGCUUCUACCUGCUCUUCAACCCCUGGUGCAAAGCUGACGCGGUGUACUUGCCAGACGAGGGACUCCUGCAGGAGUACAUCCUGAACGAGAACGGCAUCCUGUACCAAGGCGCCUGGAACGACAUCACCUCGCUGUCAUGGAACUUUGGACAGUUCGAAAAGGACAUUGUGGACAUCUGCUUUGAAAUACUGGACAACUCGCCCACUGCACUCAAGAACCCAGACAUGGACACUCUGAACAGAGCCAAUCCUGUUUAUGUGAGCAGAACCCUCACUGCCAUGGUGAACUCCAAUGAUGACCGCGGGGUGCUGACGGGCAACUGGACGGGCGAUUACUCCGACGGCGUGGCGCCCACGCGCUGGACCGGCAGCGCGCCCAUCCUGAGGAAGUGGAGUGAGGGCGGGGCGGAGAGAGUGCGCUACGGGCAGUGCUGGGUGUUCGCUGGGGUGGCCUGCACAGUUCUGCGAUGCCUGGGCAUCCCCACCCGCUGCAUCACAAACUACUCCUCCGCCCACGACACCGACGGGAACCUUAUGAUCGACUACCUGUUCGAUGAGAACAUGGAGAGCAUCUCCACUGGCGGCAGAAAGGACAUGGUCUGGAACUACCAUUGCUGGGUGGAGUCCUGGAUGGCUCGAGAAGACCUUCCAGACGGUAAUGAUGGGUGGCAGGCUCUCGAUCCUACGCCCCAAGAGAGAAGUGAUGGUGUGUACUGCUGUGGGCCUUGUCCUGUGCGGGCGAUACGAGAGGGAGAAGUGGGUGUGAAAUACGACGCGCCGUUCAUCUUCGCUGAGGUGAACGCCGACCUGGCGUUUUGGGUUGUCCACCCGGAUGGCGAGCGCACACAAGCCUCGGUCAACAAGAGGACAGUGGGCCGGAAUAUCAGCACAAAGAGCGUUUAUGGCGAUCAACGAGAGGACAUCACUGCACACUACAAAUACCCAGAAGGUUCAGAGAAAGAGCGUCAAGUUUUCGAGAAGGCCGGCAGGAGGGUUUCCCAACCGAAUGGUGGUCAGGGCCAGCUGGAGCUGUCCAUCAAGCAUGCCCAGGCCGUCCACGGGACGGACUUCGACGUGAUCGUGGAGGUGCGCAACGCGGGCGAGGAGGACGCACGCGCUCACCUCACGGUCGUGUCCACCACAGUGACCUACAACAGCCUGCACAGGGGCGAGUGCCAGAAGAAGACGGCUCGCCUCACGGUUCCUGCCCAGAGGGCUCACAAAGAAGUUCUGCGUCUUCGCUACAACCACUAUGGAGCUUGUGUGUCUGAGCAUAACCUGAUCAGGGUGACUGCCUUCGUCAAGACGAACGAUCAGGAAGACGUGAUCCUGGAGGAGGUCAACAUCCCUCUGCGGAUGCCAAAGUUGCUUAUGAAGGUUGUAGGGGAAGCAGUCGUAUCUCGGAAGGUGACAGCCCACAUAACCUUCACAAACCCGCUGCCAGUCACCCUGAAAGAUGGUGUGUUCACAGUGGAGGGUGCUGGCCUCACAGCAGCUACAGAGAUCCCUGCUCCGGGAAAUAUCGGACCAGGUGAAGAAGUGACGGUCAAGUUCUCAUUCAAACCCAUGCGCCCUGGUCUGCGGAAACUGGUAGUGGACUUCGACUCAGACCGCCUGAGGGAUGUGAAGGGGGAGGCCACUGUGAUCGUCCGGCGAAAGAAAUGGAACCGGACAUGAUUGACACAAAACCACGAUUAUCAUGUUAGAUAAAUGUGUUUUUUUAACAGAAAAAAAACAACUAUCCCAUGUGUACUAGUUGGAUACUGAAGUUUCCAACAAAUCUGUCCAACAGCAUAACU